GACUUGACUUGGAGCUCUCUCAUGCCUCAGACCUUUCCCUUGUAUCCCUCUUGCUCAGGUGCUUCCUUUCAUUCCUUUUUCCAGAGAGCAGGCAUACUAGCUCCAGUUGCUCCAUCCCUUGGCCCUCCCCUGCUUUUCGUCUAGUUAAACUGGUUUUAGUCAGCCACACCCCUUCCCAGCUCCCUGCACUCUUCAGGUGGUGGCUGGCCACCCAACCCCACCCCUGGGCUUGGCUUGGAGCCCUGAGUCAGCUCCAUCACCACCCAAGCCAAACCAAAGCUGAGGCAGGAGCCGAAACUCAGAGUCCCUCAAGGCCUAUAGCCAGGUGAUGGAGGACGAGGAGAAGGCAGUGGAGAUCUUGAUGAGCAACACGGAAGCUGCUCAUCCUCCAUCCCCCAUCCGCUGCUGCUGGCUCCGCCUCCGCUACUUGGCAGCUACUAGCAUUAUCUGUGGCUGCUCUUGCCUGGGAGUCAUGGCUCUGGUGUUUGCCAUCAAGGCGGAAGAGCGGCAUAAGGCAGGCCGGUUCGAGGAGGCAGUGCGCUGGGGGGCCCGGGCCCGGAAAAUCAUCCUGGCCAGCUUUGCUGUCUGGUGUGCUGUCCUCGUUCUGGGCCCCCUGCUGCUGUGGUUGCUCUCCUACGCCAUCGCUCAGGCUGAGUGACCCUGGGUGGCCUCUGCUGAGAGCCAGCCAAGACCACCUGGAUCCUGCAAUGCGGCAUUGCUAAGGUCCUGUGACAGCAGUGGUCCUGGUUGGAAGGAUGGGGACUCUCUCAAGGGGCUUUGGAAGAGCUCUUCUAUCCCUUUAUAAAAGGAGGGCAGCGGCUGAGACUGAUGAGAGAAAGGCAGCCUGCUUGGUUCUUUCAGGGUCCACCACACCCAUCUCCCCUACCCCAGCCCACCCUAGGGCCUCUACCCAGUGAAGGGCGGCGGGAAGGGGAGUUGAAGACCAGAUCUGGUUUUAUUAGAGUUCGUUUUGUAAUAAAAGCCUUUUUAGUGGUGAAA